GCGAGCGAGCGAGCGAGAUCCAGCUACGCCUUUCUCUCAGCUCCUGAAGCCUAGGGGAGUUAUUUCAGGGUUUGGAAGAAGAGGGGUAAAAACAGGAAAGGACAAGUGGGAAGGCUAAUCAACCCCCUCCCCAUCCCUCCCUGCUCCUCCGAGCAGAGCAGGGUCACUCGCAUUUGUAGACGCUGAAGGAAAGAGGAUAUAGGAAGAGGAAGCUCUUGCUCCCCAGUUUCCCACCAGCAUCCCGGUCCAGACUCACAGGAGCUGUUCUUCAGCACCGCGGAGAAAUCGGUGCAGGGGAGCUGUCCAGAUCAGCACCACCACGUUAAUGUAGUAGGUGGGAAAGGAACUAACAAGGGAAGAGAGGCAGAGGCAGCAAAUCCUGCAGCAAGGCACCGGUUCCCUUAUUUUCAGAAGCUUUGCCAAGAGGAGGAGGGAAAUCCGUCUCGAUUCUCUGGGAGAAACCCCCCCUCCCUUGCCCACUUUACCAACAACAACAACUGCUGCUGCUGCUGUGGGGAAAGCCAUGGAAGGCAAGACCUCAGCACCUGUACCGCUGAAAUCAAGGGCUCACAGUAUACUGGGAAGUCUGGUUUGGUGGUAGGAAAAAAGAAAGGACGAAAAGGAAGGAAGAAUUUGAACCUCCCAAAAAGCCAACCGCACAAAUCCCAGGAAGAUAACUGAGAAGAAAAAGGAUUUUCAUGGCGCAGGCUGCAGAGCUAAGCAAGAAGCCUGAAGGUUGCAUCUCUGCUCUUACAAUCUCUAACUGUCUAGGUCCAGAUAAUGAGAGAUUGUGUUGAGGAUGCUGCUGCUGCUGCUCCCCUGUUCACUGUGGAAGCCAUCUCCAAAUUAGCCAUUACAUAUGGAAACUGGAGACCAGAAUUUUAGAAAAAGGGAUUAAGGCAUCUCAUUUUGGGGGGGUUCUCGCUUUAGUCUUUUUUGUUCUUUUCUUUUUUUUUUCUUUGACUUUCUUUUUUAUAUUACAACCGGAACGUUUCUGAUUUAAAAGGCAAGCCUCUUCCCGUGUGGUCUUUAUAAUUUACACUGUUUUCCGUGGGCUUUCUUACCUCCCUUUUUGAUAUCUCUCUCUAUAUAUAUAUACCCAUUAUAUUAGUAGUGGAAUUAUUAUUUUAUUAACACACACACCCCAAGAAUCAGAAGGCGGUUGGGUAUUUGUAUAAUGAAGAAUUAUGGGGCUCUUUGACAGAGGUGUUCAGAUGCUUUUAACCACCGUUGGUGCUUUCGCUGCCUUCAGCCUGAUGACCAUAGCUGUGGGGACCGACUACUGGCUUUACUCCAGAGGGGUUUGCAAGACUAAAAGUGUCAGUGAGAACGAAACCAGCAAAAAGAACGAGGAAGUCAUGACCCAUUCUGGAUUAUGGAGAACCUGCUGCCUGGAAGGGAAUUUUAAAGGUCUGUGUAAGCAAAUCGAUCACUUCCCUGAGGAUACAGAUUAUGAAGCUGACACAGCAGAAUAUUUCCUCCGGGCUGUAAGGGCCUCUAGUAUUUUCCCGAUCCUGAGUGUGAUUCUGCUUUUCAUGGGUGGACUCUGCAUUGCAGCCAGCGAGUUCUACAAAACCCGACACAACAUCAUCCUUAGUGCCGGCAUCUUCUUCGUGUCUGCAGGUCUGAGUAAUAUAAUUGGCAUCAUUGUGUACAUAUCAGCCAAUGCUGGAGACCCCUCCAAGAGCGACUCCAAGAAGAACAGUUACUCCUAUGGUUGGUCCUUCUACUUUGGGGCCCUGUCCUUCAUUAUAGCAGAGAUGGUGGGAGUGCUGGCCGUCCACAUGUUUAUUGACCGGCACAAACAGCUGCGUGCCAAUGCUCGUGCCACGGACUACCUCCAGUCCUCCGCCAUCACCCGCAUCCCCAGCUACCGCUACCGCUAUCAGAGACGCAGUCGCUCCAGCUCCCGUUCCACUGAGCCUUCACACUCCAGGGAUGCCUCGCCCGUCGGGAUCAAAGGGUUCAAUACCCUCCCAUCAACGGAGAUCUCGAUGUAUACCCUGACCAGGGACCCCCUGAAGGCUGCUACCACCCCCACCGCCACCUACAAUUCCGACAGGGAUAACAGUUUCCUCCAGGUUCACAACUGUAUCCAGAAAGAGAACAAGGACUCUAUCCACACUAACACAGCCAACCGCCGGACCACCCCGGUAUGAAGCCGCCGCCAGGAGCUGAAAAUGGGGAAGGAGCAGGUGGGAAGUGGGGAGGAAACAGAAGAGGAGGAACAGGGGCACCAGGGCGGGCAGGGGAGGGAGAAGAGAAAGCAUCCAUGGGGGAAACCUUCCAAAAGCAAAAAACAAAAACAAAACAACAACAACAACAACAAGAAAAGAAACAAAAGAAAAGAAACGACAAUGACAAAAAAGUAUAAAAAAAAAGAAAAAGGAAAAAAAAGAAAAAACUUUAAAAACCAAGAGAGAUUUAAAAAAAAUAGAAAAUAAAUUCAAAAGAAAAUGCAUGAUUUCCCAUGUACCAUUAUUUUAACAUUUAAUAAAAACAAAUUGAAAAAAGGGAACCAAGAAACAACAAAAAAAACAACAAAAAAUUAAGUGGGAGGAGGAGGAGGAGGCAGCUCUCUGGAUUUUUUCAGGUUUCAUUCUUUCGGUUUUUUGGUUUGUUUUCUGUUCAGUUUUAACCCGACGUGGACUCAC